AUGUUGGAAGGGUUUAAGGACUUUUUGCGCCGUCACAAACGCAAGUUUAUUGUGACAGGUGCUGUGUUUGGUGGAUUAUAUUUACUCACCGGUUAUGCACAGAGAAAAUUGCGAGAAUGGCAAGAAAAAGAGGCCAAACGAUUUUUCGAAAUGACUCGUAAAAAGCAACACUUUGAGAGCACUGAACGUACAUGUAACCAAACAAUAUUAUCACUAUCAAAAAUUGUGACAGAAAGUAUUUUAAGUAUAUUAAACACAGAAGAGAUAGUUCAAAAACUGCAGGAUAAUCCAGAAAACAAAUUAGCAUUAUGGGAACAAUUGAAGAUUAUGAUAUUCACAAGAAUAUGUGUCCUUGUAUAUGCACUGAACAUAUUGCAAGUGAUACUACGAGUACAGCUUAACAUAAUUGGUGGUUACCUGUACAGAGAUUCAGUCCGCGAGGAAGAUUCUCUUGUAGAUGGUGACCUGCAAGCAAAGUAUUUGUCUCUAUGUCACCAUUUUGUAGAUAGAGGGGUGGAAGACUUAGUGAAACAGAUAGAGACAGCUGUGAAGAAAGUUGUUGACCCUGUAUCCUUAAAGAAAAAGAUGACACUGCAAGAGGUGGAGCAAAUAUUCUGGUCUAUACAAACUAUAUUGUGUACAGACACUGUAGAAGGUGACCCUGUUAAGAAAAUGGUGCAGUACUUAAUGGGUAAUGCAGAGAUCAGUGGGGCAAAACUAGACACCAUUGUUAAAGAAACAAUGGAUCUUUUAGAAAGUGAUGAAAUCACCACCAUUACCAUGUCAUCUGUAAGUCGCAGCUUCUCAUCUAUCAUAGAUGAAAUUGCUAACUUAUUUGUAUCUAAAUCUGCUCCCACCACGAAGAAUCAUUUAGAGCUAAAUGUUGAUCAUGUAAUCACAAAUGGGGCAUUGAAACUAGGAGCGAGUCCUGACACUUUUGUAGAUGUCAAUAAAGUAGAAAUACACUUUGUAAAACUCUUACCUGUGAUUAGUGAACUCAUUACAAAGAACACAUGUAAGGGUAACACUAACAUUCCAGAUUUAUUGACUCAGCAACUCACAUUAAGUGACAAGUUGAAACUUCUAGGGGCUAACAUAUAUGAAGUAUUUAGUAGUGCUUAG